UUUCUUCCACCUGACAGCAGGUGGACUUGUACUCCUCGCGGGUGCGUUGUUGACGUCCUCGAAGGGUUCGUCUGAUGCCACCAUUGCACGUCCGUCCAUUGUGCUCAAGUCCAAGCUCCGGAAAGCGAUGAAAAUUGAUUGAGAGGGGUAUUUGCUUCUUAUAAGACACAAGAUAUUCGUCUCUUUGGUGGGGUACGAUUUCGAGAUGCGUUUGAUGAUUUGUCUUAUUUGUCCUGCCUAUCAAUCCGGUUUUAAGAAAAAGCCAAAUAUGAGAUGGAAUUUCACCUUAAGGGCCACUUGCGGAGCGUCGUAGUAAUGAUGCUCCCUAAUCCAACUGAGCCACUCUCGACUUAAAUGAUCAGGAUGACAAAAUGGCCCAGUUGCUGUUACCGCCUGGUCCUGACAGUUUCCGCCCCUUCGUCCCGGAGUCUCUGGCUGCCAUUGAAAGGUACAUCGCCGAAGAGGAGGCCCGGAGACCUCGGGCAGAUCGCCGCAGCGACUGCGAUGAUGAGAAUGGGCCAAAGCCCAACAGUGACUUGGAGGCAGGAAAAUCACUUCCUUUCAUCUACGGUGACAUCCCACCAGGUUUGGUGUCUUCUCCUCUGGAGGAUUUGGACAGCUAUUACAGCAAUCAGAAGACUUUCAUAGUAUUGAAUCGUGGGAAGGCAAUCUUCCGUUUCAACGCCACUCCUGCCUUAUACAUCUUAAGUCCCUUCAACCCGCUUAGGAGGAUAGCUAUUCGAGUUUUAGUACACUCGAUGUUCAGCGUGUUGAUCAUGUUCACCAUUCUAACCAACUGUGCUUUCAUGACUCUAAGUAACCCUCCGGAAUGGGCCAAGAAUGUAGAAUACACAUUCACAGGAAUUUACACUUUUGAGUCCCUCAUAAAGAUCCUGGCCAGAGGCUUCUGUGUGGGGAAGUUCACUUUUCUGCGCGACCCUUGGAAUUGGCUGGACUUUAGUGUGAUACUUAUGGCGUAUAUAACAGAGUUUGUAAACCUAGGCAAUGUUUCAGCUCUGCGCACAUUCAGAGUAUUGAGAGCUUUGAAAACUAUCUCAGUGAUACCAGGGUUGAAGACAAUCGUCGGUGCAUUGAUCCAGUCAGUUAAAAAGCUGUCGGAUGUCAUGAUCCUGACGGUGUUCUGCCUCAGCGUGUUUGCGCUCAUUGGCCUGCAGCUCUUCAUGGGCAAUCUGAGGCAGAAAUGUGUACGCUUGCCCAAUGGCAACGCCACCAACAGCAGCAGCAUGGAUGCCGCCGAAACCUCUCUUUUCAAUAGCAGCCUAGCGGAAGUCAACAGCACGUUCCUGAACAGCACAGGGUUCAACUGGACCGAGUACAUCAGUGAUAACAGAAAUUACUAUUACCUCCCCGGUCGCAGGGAUGCACUGCUUUGUGGAAACGGCACCGGGGCUGGGCUUUGUCCAGAAGGCUUUGUUUGUAUCAAAGCAGGCCUUAAUCCAGACUUUGGAUACACAAGUUUUGACACCUUCAGUUGGGCUUUCCUGUCUCUGUUCCGACUCAUGACCCAGGACUUCUGGGAAAAUCUCUACCAGCAGACUUUGCGUGCGGCAGGGAAGCCCUACAUGGUCUUCUUCGUUUUGGUGAUCUUCCUGGGUUCCUUCUACCUUGUCAAUCUGAUUUUGGCUGUUGUGGCCAUGGCUUAUGAUGAGCAGAACCAGGCCACCAUAGAAGAGGCUCAACAAAAAGAGGACGAGUUCCAGGCCAUGCUGGAGCAGCUGAAGAGGCAGCAAGAGGAAGCACUGGUUGCCGCGGCAGCAGCCACGGAGAGCGGCGAGUACAGCGGGAGGAGGGGGGCCGCCUCUGAGUCCUCCUCUGUGACAUCCAAACUCAGUUCAAAAAGUGCAAAAGAGCGACGCAACAGGCGGAAGAAAAGGAAACAGAAGGAGGAAGAGCAGGAAGAGAGGGGAGCAUGCAACAAGUUCCGGAAAUCGGUAACCGUGGACAGCAUCAAUAGAUCCUUCCACUUUUCGAUGGAUGCAAACCGACUUUCCUAUGAGAAGAGAUGCUCCUCACCCAAUCAGUCUCUGCUCAGUAUACGUGGAUCACUCCUCUCCCCACGGAGGAACAGCCAAGCCAGCCUGUUCAGCUUCCGCGGACGAGUACGUGACAUGGGCUCAGAAAACGACUUUGCGGACGAUGAGCACAGCACCUUUGAGGAGAGCGACAGCCGCCGGGGCUCUCUGUUCUUGCCACAUCGCCCUGAGCGUCGCUACAGUGCCAUCAGCCAGACGAGCCUCAGGGUUCCUCGUGUAAUGCUUCCUGCAAAUGGCAAGAUGCAUUGCGCCGUGGACUGCAAUGGCGUUGUUUCGCUGGUUGGAGGAACAUCUGUGCCUAACUCUCUUUUGCCUGAGGGUACCACUACAGACACUGAGGUGAGAAAACGACGCUCAGUUGAUUAUCUCAAUGAACCAGGAAGCAGGCAAAGAGCCAUGAGUGUGGCCAGCAUCCUCACCAACACUAUGGAAGAGCUUGAAGAGUCAAGACAGAAAUUCCCCCCAUGCUGGUAUCGAUUUGCUAACACUUGUUUGAUCUGGGAUUGUUGCCCUACCUGGCUUAAAAUUAAGGAAUUUGUCAACAUGGUGGUCAUGGACCCCUUUGUGGAUCUGACCAUCACAAUUUGCAUCGUCCUCAACACCCUUUUUAUGGCCAUGGAGCAUUACCCAAUGACAAAAGAAUUCAACAAUGUCCUUUCUAUUGGAAACCAGGUAUUCACUGGCAUUUUCACAGCAGAGAUGUUCCUAAAGGUCAUCGCCCUAGAUCCUUACUAUUACUUCCAAGAGGGCUGGAACAUUUUUGAUGGCAUUAUCGUCAGUCUGAGUCUGAUGGAGCUAGGUUUGGCCAAUGUUGAGGGCCUGUCUGUGCUCAGGUCAUUUCGAUUGCUGAGGGUAUUCAAACUGGCUAAGUCCUGGCCAACUCUGAACAUGCUGAUCAAGAUCAUCGGUAACUCAGUGGGUGCUCUGGGCAACUUGACCCUGGUGCUCGCCAUCAUCGUCUUUAUCUUCGCCGUGGUGGGCAUGCAGCUUUUCGGCAAGAGCUACAAGGAGUUCUUCUGUAACAUAAACGAUGAUUGUCAGCUACCACGCUGGCACAUGCAUGAUUUCUUCCACUCCUUUCUUAUCGUGUUCCGGGUGUUAUGUGGAGAGUGGAUAGAGACUAUGUGGGACUGUAUGGAAGUAGCAGGACCGACAAUGUGUCUGAUUGUCUUCAUGAUGGUUAUGGUCAUCGGAAAUUUGGUGGUUCUAAACCUGUUCUUGGCUCUGCUUCUGAGCUCAUUCAGCGCUGAAAACUUGGCAGCAACUGACGACGACAGCGAGAUGAAUAACUUGCAAAUCGCCGUGGGCCGUAUCCAGCGCGGCAUUGCCUUUUUAAAAUCGAUUGUCCGGCAGUUCCUCCAGCGCCUGUUCUUUGGUGGGGCCGGGAAGGGCUCCAGCCUGCAUGAAGAGAGCAAACCCCUAGAAGAACUACACAGCAACGGCAAAGGCAACUGCAUCGCCAAUCACACAACAGUGGAAAUCUCCAAAGACCCUGGCGGGGUGUACAUUUCAGCCGAGGGCAAUGGGCGCCCAGGAGGCGGCCUGGUUGUCGGGGGCACGGUUGACGAGGAUAGCACCGAAAAGUACCCCAUAGACGAUGGUCACUACAUGUCGUUUAUUCACAACCCAAGCCUGACGGUCACAGUACCUAUUGCUGUGGGUGAGUCAGACUUUGAGAACCUUAAUACAGAGGACUUAAGCAGCGAUUCCUCAGAUGUGGAGGACAGUAAAGAGAAAGUCGACACGGAGCCCCGACAUCUUAGCUCUUCGGAAGGGAGCACUGUUGAUAUUUGCCCUCCAGGAGACGGGGUCGAUUCGGUGGAACUGGAGCCGGAGGAGUCAAUGGACCCAGAGGCCUGCUUUACUGAGGGAUGUGUCAGCAGAUUUCAGUGCUGCCAGGUCAAUGAGGAAGCAGACAGGUUUAAGAGUUGGUGGACACUCAGGAAAACCUGUUUCGUAAUCGUAGAGCACAACUGGUUUGAAUCCUUUAUUAUUUUUAUGAUCCUGCUCAGCAGUGGUGCACUGGCUUUUGAGGACGUUUAUAUUGAGCAGAGGAGGACCAUCAAAACCAUGCUGGAGUAUGCUGACAAGGUCUUUACUUAUAUCUUCAUUCUGGAGAUGCUGUUGAAGUGGGUGGCCUAUGGUUUUGUCAAGUACUUCACCAAUGCCUGGUGCUGGCUCGACUUCCUCAUUGUUGACGUUUCCCUCGUCAGCCUUGUGGCCAAUGCUCUGGGUUACUCGGAGCUCACCGCCAUCAAAUCGUUAAGGACACUGCGAGCCCUCCGGCCACUGAGAGCCCUAUCUCGGUUCGAGGGCAUGAGGGUUGUGGUGAACGCACUACUGGGGGCCAUCCCCUCCAUCAUGAAUGUGCUGCUGGUCUGCCUCAUCUUUUGGCUCAUCUUCAGCAUCAUGGGGGUCAACCUGUUCGCAGGGAAGUACUACUACUGCGUCAACACCACCACUGACGACGUCGUCCCCAUCGAGGUGGUCAACAACAAGUCCGACUGUCUGAAUCUGGUCAACGAAAGCGCCCGGUGGAAGAACGUCAAAAUCAAUUUUGACAACGUCGGUGCUGGCUAUUUGGCGUUGUUGCAAGUGGCAACAUUUAAGGGCUGGAUGGACAUUAUGUAUGCAGCUGUGGAUUCUCGCAAUCUGGAGGAUCAGCCCCAAUAUGAAGUCAACUUGUACAUGUACCUGUACUUUGUCAUCUUCAUCAUCUUUGGUUCCUUUUUUACCCUCAACCUCUUCAUCGGCGUUAUCAUCGACAACUUCAACCAACAGAAGAAAAAGUUUGGAGGGCAAGAUAUCUUCAUGACGGAGGAACAGAAGAAAUAUUACAACGCUAUGAAAAAGUUGGGCUCCAAGAAGCCGCAAAAACCAAUUCCUCGACCCGCUAAUGCUUUUCAAGGCUGCGUGUUUGAUUGCAUCACCAAGCAAGCGUUUGACAUCGUUAUAAUGAUCCUCAUCUGCCUUAACAUGGUGACCAUGAUGGUGGAGACUGACGACCAGACCCCAGACAUGGACAACAUCCUUUACUGGAUCAACCUGGUCUUCAUUGUGCUCUUCACAGGGGAGUGCAUACUAAAGAUGAUCUCCUUGCGUCACUAUUAUUUCACCAUAGGUUGGAAUAUAUUUGAUUUUGUGGUGGUGAUCCUGUCAAUUGUAGGUAUGUUUUUGUCAGAAGUGAUCGAGAAAUACUUUGUGUCCCCGACAUUAUUCCGAGUGAUCCGUCUGGCCAGGAUCGGCCGCAUUCUCCGUCUCAUCAAGGGUGCCAAGGGCAUUCGGACGCUCCUCUUCGCCCUGAUGAUGUCACUUCCUGCCCUAUUUAACAUCGGUCUCCUCCUGUUCUUGGUCAUGUUCAUCUACGCAAUUUUUGGCAUGUCCAACUUUGCCUACGUCAAACGGGAGUCUGGAAUCGACGACAUGUUCAAUUUCGAGACCUUUGGGAAUAGUAUGAUCUGCUUGUUCCAGAUCACUACCUCAGCUGGGUGGGAUGGUCUGCUGGCACCCAUUUUGAACAAGCGGGAACCCGACUGCGAUACUCAAAUGGAGCACCCGGGCAACAACUACAAAGGCAACUGUGGCAACCCAUCAGUGGGUAUCUUCUUUUUCGUCAGCUACAUCAUCAUUUGCUUCCUUAUCGUGGUCAACAUGUACAUCGCCGUCAUCCUGGAGAACUUCAGCGUGGCCACGGAAGAGAGCGCCGAGCCACUGAGCGAAGACGACUUUGAGAUGUUCUACGAAGUGUGGGAGCGUUUCGACCCGGACGCCACGCAGUUCGUGGAGUACAGCAAACUCUCGGACUUUGCCGACGCUCUCGACCCUCCGUUGCGUAUCCCCAAGCCCAACAUGAUUCAGCUCAUCUCCAUGGACUUGCCGAUGGUCAGCGGCGAGCGCAUCCACUGCCUGGACAUCCUGUUUGCCUUCACGAAGCGAGUACUCGGGGAAGGCGGUGAGAUGGAUGUGUUGCGCGGACAGAUGGAGGAACGCUUUAUGGCAUCCAAUCCUUCAAAGGUGUCGUACGAGCCAAUCACCACCACUCUCCGCCGCAAGCAGGAAGAAACGUCCUCCAUCAUCAUCCAGAGAGCUUUCCGCCGCUACAUGAUUUGCACGGCCAUGAAGAAGGCCUCGGCCCUCUACAAAGAGCAGCUCAAAGAGGGCUUACGUGACCCUGACAAGGACGUGAUGGUCAUCAGCAAGUUCAAUGAGAUCUCCACCUCGGACAAAACUGACAUGACCCCAUCCACAGCUUCCCCUCCUUCUUAUAACAGUGUGACAAAAUCUGACAAAGACAAAUAUGAGAAAGAAAACUGUGAUAAGAAAAAAGACUUCUUGAACGAGGGAAAGAAAUAGAUAACGCAACCCCUCCCCCAUUGUGGCGUGCUUGUAUGUUUGAUUGCUACGAGUCGAUCAAUGCCCCGAGUAGAGGAGGGCAAGUAUGUUGUGUGUACAGUGAAUCCACAAGGACAUCUGGAGGGAUUCAAAUCAUCCAGAAGACACUGCCAGACUGAAAAGAUUUGUGCAAACACUUGUGAUUUUACGUUUGGUUGUUUUGUUAACUGACACACCUCUGUGCACUAUUAAGUUGUCUGUAGUAAGUGCUGCUGCUAUAAAUACAUGAUUCAUUUAAAAAAAUGUCUGUAUUACUCAAAACUA